AUGGCUGAGCGAACAUACCGGGCGGGGCGGGCAGAUGGAAUGGGACCUCCGGAGGCUCGGCUGACGGUGAGGUUUAGGAGCACACAGGCGUACGGCAGCAGGGGGGACAAGAGCCCCCCAAAGGGUUCCGAAACCGCGGGGACCCCGGCGAGCCCUCACCACAGAGAAGCCCGAGAGGGCGCCGGCAGCUCCUCCACACGCCGUGCCCGCGCGCCUGCCCCGGCCCGGCCGGCUGCCCACUUCCGCUUCCGGUCGGCCCUAGGUGGUGGGCCAAGAGGAGCAGGCGGGCGGGCGGGCAGGCAGGAGGGCAUCCGCACCCUGACGCUGAGAGCAGAGCUUCGCGCGGACCGUGGGCUCCUCAGCGGGCAGGGCGGCGGGAGGGAGCUGAUGAGGCGGCCACCGGCCUCAGGCUCCACGACGUCCUCCAUGCGUGAGGGCGACGCGCGAGGCCUGAGGAAGCGAGGGCGGCCCACAGCCGGGCGAGGCGGGAGUCGCGGCCCUGAAGCCGGGCGGCGUGAGGAGAGCAGGCAGAAGAGGAGAAUGGUGGCCCGGGCGUGUGUGAGAGAGAAGGUGGAGAAUGACACGGCAGCCAGGGAAAAAAGAAAACUUACUGGAGCCUCAAGCGAUGAUCCACAGCCAGGGACUAACCUGGUAAGAAAGGAAUCAUUAACCAGUUCGGAAUCUUUCCAAACAGUGGAGUGUGGUGAAUUUCAAAGUACAGCUGUCUUACCGUCUUUGGGUAAGGAAGUUUUGGUAGACGGCAUUAAAAGAAGAAUUGGAAUUAAAAAACGCAGAAGCAUAGAAAGCCCACCUUUCAAAAAAACUGAAAAUCACGCUACACAAAAUAUAAAGGUUGGAUGCCAAGAUGAACUGUGCAAGAAUACUUCAAAAUAUUCUUAUAACAGCUUGUCACCUGCAACAGAAAAUAAUUCCAUUUUAAAAUUACAUGAUUGCAGUCGUUUCCCCCAUUCCAAGGAUAGUAAUGAUGAAAAUAACCUCACAUAUAAACCUGAUGGUGGAUGUCUGCACGUACCAGAGGAUUCCUCAGAGUUAAAGAAGGAAAACCUUAGGAGUCUUCCAGAUAAGAGGGACACAAAUAAUAUUCCUCACUUUUCAAAAACUGAAGAAAACUUAAUAGGAGUAAAUAAAUUACUGCUUGAAGAAACUGAUUUAUACCAACGUAAAACUAAUGGCUUGCUUCCCUGUCUUCAAGGUGAAAAAAAUAAAUACUCAGUAGAGGAAAGCAAUGUUGGGAGAAAACCCAGGAAAAGGAUGAAGAUGUUUGAAAAAGGAGAUGAAAGGGUUAUCAAGAUGAACUUCCCUAAUGUAUAUAACAAGCCUGAGUUGCUGUUACAAGAAAACCAAAUAGGUGCUGAAGGCAAAGAAGCAGAAACUUUAAACGUUUUGAGAAAAGUAAACCAUAAUACACUCUCUCCAAUGGAUCAUUUAUCAAGUCUUCCAGAAACAGAAGGAAAAGACACAAGUCCUGAGCAUCAUGUAAAUACUAUGUUUCAGAAAACCCUUGAGCCACUUUUGAAAGAAGAAACAAAGAAUGUGUCAGAGCCCUUAGGAUGUGAAAGUAUGGAGCCAGAAGAAUAUUUUAAGCCAGUGAAAAGCUCACCAGUGAAAUCACCUAGUAAUUGCCAUUCUAUUGAAAAGAGAUCAUGGGAAGACUUAAGAAAUGAAACUGAAGAAUCAAAGUUCAGCUGUCACAGAACAAUUCCAAUGACAGGUAAAAGAACUUGGCCUUGUUAUUCAUGUGCUAGAAUAUCUGCUCAGUGUUGGAAAAAGACUUCCAUGCCAAAAUCAGAUUACUCUCUUCCUGAUUCUGGGGCAAGUUUUAGGCAAGAUGAUUUUCCUAAACACCAAACAAAUCAAAUUCACUUAACUGACUCCAGAUUAUCAUUACAGUGUUCCAUAAAAGAGGCAAACAGUGACUCUUCAAGUAAAGAAAAAUUGGAUUCUAAUUUAAAUGCUUUGCCUUCAGUCUCUGAAGUAGUCUCUGCUGUACAACGUACUUUGAAGGUUACAAAGGAACCUAUAAUCGAUGAAAAGAUGAAGUCUGAGGAACCGAGCUGUAGUGGGUCAGAGGUAGUUUCUAAUACAACUGAAGAUACUCAACUAACUAAUGUGACUCAAAACCUAAUAGGAAGUAAAAAAAAUAGAGGGACUUUAACAAAACUUAAUUUGACAGUGACUUCCCAGCACAGCCAAGAGGCAAAUCACUCUGCAGGCAAAACUAUUCACCGAAAAGCAUGUAUUGCUAAACCAACACUUGUGGUUCCAGACUUGGUUAAAAUGUUGAACACAGGACGGCUGACUAAUUUUAAAAUUCCUUUACUCAAGAAUAAAACAGAAAAAAGAAAAAUAAAUGCCAAAUCAUCAGAGAGAGAAGCAUAUAGUCCCCUAGAGCUUCUUGACAAUUUAUCUGGGGCAGAGGUAAGACAGAACAAGAGUAAAGAGACCGUUUCCACGAUAACUUCAGGACCUCAAUCUUUGAACAUACAAAAUAGUGUCAUUCCAGGGCAAGCUAGUUCUGACUCAUACUGCAAUAAGAAUUCCUGUAGUACUUCUUCAAGUUUCCCAAAGCAAGGUAAUACUAAUAAACCUUCUAACUACAUCUCUGAACUAGGCAAUACUGUUUCUAAUAAGAAAGCUGUUUCUCUCACAACUGAAAAUAAUACUUGUUUUUGUGAUCCUGGUUGUAUAGAGAAAAGUCCUGCCUUCUGUUCUAAUGAAUCAGAAACAUUCAAACAAGUUUCCUCUGAAGUUAGUGAGAGAAAAACAACUAAGAACUUUUCAGAUAUUAAAAUUAUUCCAGAUAUUCUUAAAGCAUAUGAAGAUGAUGUCCUCUUAAUUGAUGUAAUUCAAGAUGACCCAGACCUCUUUGGAGUCUCCAAUGAAGGGGAUCUCUCAUUUACUUCAGAGGUCCCCAUGAUAAGCCAGGAGCCCAGUGUUGCUGAAGAGCACCAAUCAACAGACUCCAAGCAUGUGGAGCUUCCCCCCAAGAAAGAACCAUGUGAUAACUUAAGAGAACUCCCUGUACUGGAUCCUGGAUUGGCAAAGUCAGAGAACUGUGCUUCCUUACCAGCAGCAGAUGAGAUAAAAUUUGAUUUUAAAGAUGAAAGCAUUUCCUUAGGAGAAGUUACUAAUAAGACCUCUCAAAGUGAAAAACUGGGAGACUUCAGUGAACACAUAAAAAGUUCAGACUUGGAUGAAAAGUGCAAAUUUUCAGAUAAAGUGAGUGCUAAAGAUGAAAAAGAAAAUAUGCAUGAAGUUCUCAAAGGUCUAGAUUCUAAAAACGCAGAGGUCAUGGCUGGUGAAUGGCAGUUAGCAGCACUGGGCCCAAAACCUCGGUGCUUACCGUUGCCACCUUUGAAUCUAAAUGCUUAUCAAGAAAACACAUUACGGAAGCCGUGGAUGAAUGAUUUCAGGUUUCCAGGAAAACAUUGUGUCCUAAAGUUGCAGAAUCCUGAAACCUGUGAAAUAUUUAAGAGGGAAAAGACUGUAAGGGUGUUUCAGAAGCCCUUUGGGUUGAUGAUACCCCCUGGAUAUUGCAAAUUUCAUUUUAAUACAGUACGUGGCUGUGAGCGGCCACAGUGUAAGUUUGCUCAUGUGCCUGAGCCAGGGGAUGAAAAGAUUUGCAUGGAUGUGUUUAAGAAAUAUAUAAGUAUCAACGAGCUGUGUUUACUACAACGUGCAGUAAACAUAUUUAUGGAGUACUACAGAAAGUUUCCUCCCGGCAUACACUUUGAUUUACAAGUGCUGAAUGACCUUCUGAAUUCUCUGCUCAAGCAUUGUUUAUUGAAAGAAGUGUUUCAGGUAGUGAACCUCAGCAUAAUGGUUAAAAUGCUGCCUACUGUGAAAAUAUUACUAGAAAUAUUUGAGUAUGUGGCAACUAUGAAAUUAAGGAAUGCUGUACCUGCUUUAAUUGAUAUCCUUUGCAAGCUUGUUAAAGCUGGGAUGGUGCUUGACCCAGAACACUUCAACUAUAUUGUUAAGCUUUUGUACCAAGUGCAGGCUUCCAAACAAGAAAUAACUGCAGUUCUAAAAAUGAAACCCAGGUUACAAAUGAGGCAAUUUAAAAAGAACUGGACCUGUGACUUAGACUCAGCCUUGAAUGAAGUAGAGCAUUGUAAAGAAAAAAGUGACUGGACCAAAUUGGGAAAUUUAUACCUUAAGGUAAAAAUGGGCUGUGAAAAAUUUGCAGAUUUCCAGAGAUUUUGUACUUGUAUUGCUGAAACACUAACAAAAGACUAUAAAGAAGAGAGACCAGUUGUUCCGUUUUGUGAGUUUGCUGAAACAGUUAGCAAAGAUCCACAGAACAGUGAAGUAGAUAAAACUUUGCUGGGAAGAAUUGGAAUCAGUGCUAUGUACUUCUAUCACAAGCUAUUGCAGUGGUCCAAGGGAAGGAAGGUCUUAGAUACACUAUAUGAAUUAAAAAUACAUUUUACAAGUUUAAAAGGACUUACAGGGCCUGAGAAGUUAGCACCAAGAUGUCAAAUUGUGAAUGUUGCAGUAGAAAUUUUUCUAAAAAGUGGAAGCCUAGAUGGUGCCAUUUGGGUAUUAAGAGAGUCAGAAUGGAUAAUCAAUACACCACUGUGGCCAUGUGAAAGACUGGACGUACUCAAUCGCCAUAAUCUGCUCUGUACAAUUGCACACGAAAUCUUAGCCAAGAGCCUUUACAGACAGACUUUUGAAGUUUUGCAAAAUCUACCAGGUUUUCAAAAUUCCCAAGAAACUGUGGAGGUCUCACAGUAUAGCCUCCUUUUUAACAAACUCCUCGAUGCCUGUAUAGAAAGCAACAGUCUUGGUAUUUCAUCCUCUGUAGCAGAAUUCAUGAUUUCAAAGAACAUCCCCAUUGAUUUUUCCUUUCUUAGAAGAUUAAUUACUUCUUUAGGAAGGAGUUGUUUAUGGCUCAAAGCCAGAGUCCACUACAAAAGUGCUCUUUCAUUGGGUUGCUACCCACCAUUAGAAGGAAAUUUAUAUCGAAAACUUCUACGGAUUCCUUCUUAUUUAUCUGAGAUUGAAAUGCUUUUAACUGUGGAGAUCUUCCUGGUGUCUAAUGCUAGCAGCAUUCAGAGUCCUGGCACUCCCACACAGGUGCUGCAGAUAGUUCUCAAAAGAUGUGAAGAAAACAAAUCUCGGAGCAAGGACGAUUAUCAAGCGGCAGUGGAAAGAUUAAUGAUGGCUGCUCGUCUGUCAGAUCCGAAGCUUUUCAUUAAGCACAUGACCGUCAAUGUUAAUAGGGAGCAGGUGUACAGUUUGGAAUAUUGCUCUGCCCUGAAGUGGCUGAAAGAGAACAUGAAGUGGGCUGGAAAGGUUUGGCUUUUCAAUAACCACUAGUUAAUGGACUUUAAGUUCAGGUAAUCAUUGUUGAAAAUGAAAGGCAAUAAAAAUAAAGAUGGUUUUCGGUAUAGUCAGCUUUGCCCUUUAUUUACAGUAAACUACUAACUUUCAAACACUAAAAAAUUUGAUUGAUGGAUGCAAUAUA